AAUCCCUACAUUACUAAUCUAAUCCCUAUAUUGCUAAUCCUGUUAAUCCAUUUCUCUUUGUACCAAAUGACCCCUUAGAACAAUUUUUCGACCCCCACCCCCCCAAACCCAAGUUGAAACCUUCUCAUAUAUAGACGACCGAUGAAUCAAUUGAAACCUUCUCAUAUAUUUGUACUUUGUUUAAUAUUCUGAUUCUAUUUAUGUGGCUGUAGUCGAGAAAAGAAAUACUCAUUGAAGAGUUGGAGGGUUUUGGAGUUCGGGUUUUGUUCUAUUGGGCCAAUAUUAUAACAAAAUAGUCUCCGUCGUCUCCGGUAAAUUAUGAAAGGGAGCAAGCAUAUGAAAGGGAGUAAGGAUAUGAAAAGGAAGCAUACCGAAGCCUGGGGAGGUGAACCGGGAAAGGAAGCUUGGGGAAGGGGAAGUGAACAGGAGGAGUUGGCUGAACCUUUCAACCCAGCUUGGAAAAGGGAAUGGAAUGAGCCUAAUCUCAGUCGUCGGCAAACUCAUAAAUUAAUAAACAAACAUAUGAAAUUAAUAAACAAGUAUUUGAGAUCAGGUCCUUCUCUACGCAGUUUUGAUAAAUAUUCUCAAAAUCAAAAUUUGGAAAUUUAUACUAAGAGUGCUACUUUAAAAGCUUCCUCAUCUGUCGUCAGUAUCGAAUUUAAAAGAUACACUUCCGCCGGUGGUAUGUCAGGGAUAGAUGCAAUGUUUCAGUGUUCCGGAUUUAUCCUAGAAAAUGUUUAUAAAGGUAGUAUAAUAUUAACUACCGCAGAUCUCCUCAAAGCAAGUAAAAACUUAAAAGCGGAUGAUAUCAAGGUUGAGGUGCACCUAUCAGAUGGAAGAUCAUUUGAUGGUCAAGUUGAGGUCUAUGAUCUCUAUUACAAUAUAGCUGCCAUAAAAAUUCAUUCAGACAUGCCACUUCCUACUGCAUCUCUGGCUCAUUUAAAUGAUUCCAUCACAGUUGAUCCAAGACACAGUGUUAAAGCGGAGUCAUUUCAACUCCGUCCUCAUGCAAACUCCCUUGAUCUUAUUCCUGGAGAUUUAGUUAUUGCGCUUGGCCGUUUCCCCAUAGAGCCGUACUCCAUCAUGGCUGCUCCUGGUUUAUUCAGCAUUGACCGCUUCGAGCAUUGCCUCCUCCAAUGCAAAGAGCUUUUUACGGCGUCUUGCAUAAUUACAUGGUGCGGUAUCGGGGGCCCGCUUAUUAGCCGCUCUGGAGAAGUCAUUGGUAUCAGCUUAAAGAUUGAUAUCUCUACUACUGCAUUCCUGCCGAUCAAUAUAGCUUCCAUAUGGUGGGAGCAUUACAAGAAACAUGGGCAAACACAACAACUUUGGUUUGGGAUGGAAGUAACGAACCUGUAUGCAGCUCGCCUAGAUGUUUUGGAGAGUAUCAUUCAGAAGUUCCCAGACGUCCUAGAAGGGGUCAUUGUUGAAGAUGUCGUACGUGGUUCUUCUGCUGAAUCUGCUGGGAUAAAACAACAUGAUGUUAUAAUCCAAUUCAGUGGAAAAAGAAUUCAGAGUUUCUUGGAGCUGUUUGAAAACAUGUGGAAUAAGGUUGGAGAAGCAGUGGAGUUGGUUGUGGUAAGAGCAAGUGAUGACGUUCCUUUACAUCUUAGCAUGGUGGUGGAAAAGGAGGUUAAAAAGUCAGGGUACACUUUGUAUGAUUACGAUGAGUAGGAUCAUCUUAUGCUAUGAGGAGGUGCUUUUUCUCAGGUUGGAGAUUUGUAUGGCUGAUUGAGUAGGCAGCAGCUUUGCCCUCGAGCGUAAUUGACUUUUGUGAAAUAUUAUUGGGAGUGGAUACCUUUGGUAGUUUCGUUUGUACUGGAUUGCAAUUAGCUAGAAAUUCUCAGAGCAUUAGUGUUUGAAGGAGAGAAUCUAGUUUGUUUUCUGUAGAAGAUUCUACUUGAUGGGACAAGUAGUCCUACUGCAUUAUGUAGAUGUAGUUUAGUCCCUGUAUUCAGAAUGCACCAAAGCUAGAUUUGUGUGAGUCCGGAGCUGAAAGGGUCAAUUUUUGAAGAAAAAUGUGAAAUGGGACAACGAAUGUUGGAAAAAAACAAAUCGAUAAAGCAUCCUUGGGCAGCAAUUUAGAAGUUGCUGGACCCAUGGUGACUUACAAAUCGUUGACCCUUUCAUGACUUUUUAAAUUUUUUUAAUUUAUUCUCAGCUUUUCUAUAUAUAAGUUUUUUCUUCGUUUCU